AUGACGAGGCGAUCAAUCAAUUCCAUCGCGACGUCGUGCAAACGGGAUGGCACUCACUUGGGACUUGUGCCGGAAUCGGACGGAGCAGAUCAAGGAGUCGUCGAUGCUCGGCUAAAUGUAUACGGCGUGUCAAACCUGAAGGUCGCAGAUAUGUCCAUUUCGCCAUUGAACGUUGGCACGAACACGUAUUCGACGGCACUUCUCAUCGGAGAGCGGGCUGCGAUGAUCAUUGCUGAAGACUUGGGUAUCGAUUGUAUGGACCUGACUAGGGCCAGGUUAAAGUGAUUUUUCGUCUGUGACAU